CGGUUGCAGCUUCCGCGUCUACCCCACGAGCCCCGUUUGGACGGUUGAUCAUCUCGCCCACCGGACAGACCGAUGACGUCUUCGCAGGAUGCGUGCUACAUCUCCCUGCUCGGCCUGUCGGAGUACUUCCGCACGGCGUCACCUCCGGACAUCAAGAAGUGCAUCCAGUGUUUGCAGGCACUGUUCACAUUCAAACCUCCGCUCAAGGUGGAAGCCAGAACGCACCUGCAGCUCGGCCAGAUACUGAUGGCCUACACGAAGAACACCGAUCUGGCGAAGAACCAUCUCGAGCAAGCGUGGAUCCUGUCGGAGAACAUCAACAACUUUGACGAUGUAAAGUUCGACACGGCCAGCCUUUUAGCGCAGCUGUAUCAACAGCAGGACCAGAGUUCACUAGCCAAACCCGUCCUCCGGAAGGCUAUCGAACUUUCGCAGCACAACGUUUACUGGCACUGCAAGCUUCUCUUCCAGCUAGCGCAAACACACGCCACGGAUAAGGAGUACGCACUCGCCUCGGAACUGUUAGCUGUCGGUGUGGAAUCGACGGAUGAAUCGAACGCAACCUACCUGAAAUCGUUGUUCCUCCUCAGCCGUGCCAUGAUCAUGAUGAUCGAGCGCAAAACCAACGAUGUGCUGGCGAUCCUCAAUCAGGCGGGCCCAAUCAUUGACCACUCGAUCACGAACGUCCAUCUGAAGGAGUACCUGAAAGUGUUCUUCUACGUGCUGCAGGUUUGCCACUAUCUGCAGCUCGGGCAGGUGAAGACGGUCAAAACGAGCCUGAAGCAGCUGCAGCAAAGCAUUCAAACCAUCAUGGCCGCUAACUGGCCGGCGGAUGAGCAGAUAUUCGGACAAAACAGCACGGAAAUGUUCAUGUGGCUGCCGAAGGAGCAACUGUACGUACUGGUGUACCUCGUUACCGUUUCGCACUCGAUGAUGGCCGGCUACAUGGACAAGGCGCAAAAGUACACCGAAAAGGCACUCACACAGAUCGAGAAGCUUAAAUCUCAAGAAAACAAACCGAUUUUGGCCGUGUUUCAGAUCAUCCUGCUCGAGCACAUCAUCAUGUGCCGGCUGGUGAUGGGCAACAAGUCGCUGGCGAUCAAGGAGAUCGCGCUGGCAAAGGACGUGUGUCUCUCGUCGUCGCACAAAUUUCUCUUGAAACGGCACGCUCCGCAACUACAUUGUUUGCUCGGAUUGUACGCCAUGUCAACCAGCCUGUUCGAGCACGCCGAGAAGCAGUUCUACACCUGCAUCCAGGACACGACGGAGCGGGAGCUGAAACUUUUCGCCAACCUCAACCUAGCCAUCGUGUAUCUGCGCACCAAACGGGAACAGGAUUUGCGCAACAUUCUCGAGCAGAUACAGCAGGAGAACUCGCAGUGCUCAAACAGUCAGGCGCUGAUGGGCAGCUUCUACUACGUCCAGGGACUGAACGCGUUCCACAAAAGCAGCUUUCACGAAGCAAAACGAUUCCUGCGCGAAACGCUCAAGAUGGCCAAUGCCGAGGAUCUGAACCGAUUAACGUCCUGCUCGCUGGUGCUACUGAGCCACGUGUUCCUCAGCAUCGGCAACUCGCGCGAAAGCAUGAACAUGGUCACGCCGGCGAUGCAGCUAGCGUCCAAGAUACCCGACAUCCACGUACAGCUGUGGGGCAGUGCCAUACUGAAGGACCUUCACCGGAUGCUGAAGGAGCCGACGCAGGAGGUCGAAGCGUACAACAAUCACGUCAACUUUUCGCAGAACCUGAUCGCCGACCAGCUCAAGUGCACCAAGUUUCCCGAGCACACGCUUAUCAGCUGGUUCCAGGGCGAUCCACCGUUACCGAUGCUCUCGCAGGAACUAGUCCAACCGGUGGCAGCGGCAGUCUCUAACGCUCCGAUGGCGUCCGGUUCCGGUGUGCCAUCGCUGGUCGUUACAGGGCAGCAGCAGCAGCAGGGGACGGUCCAACAAGUGGGCGGCACAUACGUACGAUUACCAGGCGCACUUAAUCAGCAGGUUAUGUUCCAGUGAGGUUACCAGGGAAUAGCGAUGUGACCAACGACCUACCUACUGCUCCUUAAGUGUGUGAA